AUGGCGUUUGCUGAAGUAACAAAUGUAUUCUCUGAUGACUUCUUUGCUAAUGAAUUCGAUGGAAUAAUUGGUAUGUCAAGGAGAAAUGUGUCAAGAUAUGGGAACACUCCAUUCUUCCCCAACAUACUUUCUCAAUCAAAGGAUAUGGAUCCAGUGUUUUCAUUCUAUUUGAGUCGGAAGAAUGGUCUUGCUGGUGGAGAGAUGGUGCUGGGUGGUGUUGAUCCUGAAUAUUUUACUGGAGAUUUCGAAAACUUGCCUGUCCUCUCUGCAAAUCGUUGGAUUGUUAACAUCAAAAGCUUGAAGGUGAAUGGAGUGGAGUAUUGCGAUGCAGCAUGCUCUGGUAUUAUAGAUACUGGGACAUCCUUGAUAGUCGGAUCUAAUGCAGUGGUGGGUAAAAUUAAUUCCCAACUCGGUGCCGUAUCUGCAACGGAUGGGGAGUAUAAAGUCGACUGCGGUAAUCUCAAUAACCUUCCUCCCAUUGAGUUUAUCUUCAAGGAGAGAAGAUAUGUAUAUCAAGCAAAAGAUUACGUGGUUAAAGAUUCCAACUGGCUAUCAACAGACUGUCUAUCGCCUUUCAGAGGCAGUGGUAAAUUGUCCAAGGGAUUCUGGAUUCUUGGCGAUGUAUUCAUGAGAAAAUUCUACACUGUAUUCGAUUUCGGUGAGAGGGAGAUAAGAUUGGCUGAUGUUGACGAUGGAUAAAGCUUUUGGUACCGAAACCAUUAAAUCACUGAACAUAAACAUGUUUUACGAAAUAAAUUAAGAAGUUCUUGUUUAGCAC